GCUAAAUUAUGAUGCACACGCAUAAUCAAUUACGAAACAGACUAACAAGAACCACCAUUGUUGCAACGGUGCAGCCUGUAAAUUUGCAACUAAAACAAAAUGUAUGGAGCGAUGGAACUGUCUUCAAUGGCGGUUCUACCAUCAUGCUACGCUCCACUUAAGCCGCAGCUAUCAAAUCUUUCCACACUUUUCUUUCCCGCCAAACUUCGUUGGGGGAAACCCAACUUCUCAGGCUAUUACGUCCAUAAGUCGAAUAAGUCGCGGUAUCCCCGUUUCAUGGUAAGUAUUAGGAAUGCAUCUAUGAUAGACAAUGAUUGGAAAGAAGAGCAGGCUGAAGUUUCACCUCUUGAUGGUAAAGCUUUCCAGGAAGAGGCAACAGAAGAUGGUGCAGAUACAAAUGAGAAAGAUGAUGAUCUUGACAGCUUAGAUAGUCUUAAAAUGAUCCGUGUUUGUGACAAAUUGAUUGAAGUUUUCUUGGUAGACAAGCCCAGUGCAACGGAUUGGAGAAGGUUAUUAACCUUUAGCAAAGAAUGGAGCUGUAUUCGGCCCCACUUUUUUCAGCGUUGCCAGGAAAGGUCAGGUAGUGAAGACAACCCUGAUCUGAAACACAAGCUACUUCGGCUUGGAAGAAAGCUGAAAGAGAUUGAUGAAGAUGUCCAAAGACAUAAUGAACUUAUUGAGGUUGUGAGAGGAGCCCCAGAGGAAAUUGGUGAAGUAGUUGCAAGGCGUCGUAAAGACUUUACUAAAGAAUUUUUUGUUCAUCUUCACACUGUUGCUGAAUCUUAUCAUGACAACCCAGCUGAGCAAAAUGCUGUGGUGAAGCUUGGGAACAUGUGCUUAGCUGCGGUACAAGCUUAUGAUACGGCUUCUGAAAGCAUAGAGGCUCUAAAUGCUGCAGAAGUGAAGUUCCAGGACAUUAUCAAUUCUCCCUCCAUAGACGCUGCUUGCAGAAAAAUAGAUAGCUUGGCUGAGAAGAAUGAACUUGAUUCUGCCCUGGUUUUGAUGAUAACAAAAGCUUGGUCUGGUGCCAAAGAAUCAAACAUGGUGAAAGAUGAGGCAAAGGAUGUAUUGUAUCAUUUGUACAAGACAGCAAGAGGUAAUCUUCAGAGGCUAAUGCCAAAGGAAAUCAGGAUUGUGAAAUAUCUCCUAACCAUUGAAGAUCCUGAGGAGAGACUUUCUGUUCUGCAUGAUGCAUUUACUCCUGGAGAAGAGCUUGAAGGGAAGGAUGUAGAUAACUUGUACACGACUCCCGAGAAACUGCAUACUUGGAUAAAAGCAGUGGUCGAUGCUUAUCAUUUCAGCCAAGAAGGAACUCUAAUUAGAGAGGCCAGGGAUUUGAUGAGUCCCAAAAUCAUCCAGAAGUUGGAGGAACUAAACAAGAUUGUGCAGGAUAAAUUUUUGUGAGUGCAUUAGAAGACUGUUGAAGAUUCACACCUAAGCUUACAAAAUGUGUCCAGACUCUUCAAUGGCUCAAUCGUUUACCAUCUCCAUCGGAACCAAGAUUAAUAUUUUUCAUCCUAUUUCCAAGGAAAGAGAAAAGAAAUGUAUUUUACCCAAUUACCCCUAUGAUAAUCUUGUAUUAUAGUAGUAGUUUUUUUUGUCCCGUUUAGGGUUCAGUUUAGUGAAAGUUAAACCUUUGUAUUAUUUGUGUCAUCUUGUCGAGAUGAAUUCACCUCUUUCCCUCCCCCUCCUCUGAUAUUGUUAAUCGAGUAAUGCAUCAGGUUUUUUGUUACA